AUGUUGUCAACUGAAGUAAAUGACAAUGACAUGGACAAGGAGAUGGAAAGCCAAAAGGACUAUGCAUUAGCUUUUCAACUAGCUAAGAAAUCUGUAGAGAAACUCCUACAGAUAAGCCUGGAGGAAGAUAAGGUUUCUGUAAGUGGUCAAUCACAGCCUUCAUCAAUUCAGGUAGGCCUAGGUUACCCUAUGCAUAACAACAGUGGAUACAAGCUUCCCUUGAUCAAAUUCAAAGAGUUUGGGGGCGAUCUUAAAGAUUGGUUACCAUUUUGGGCUCAGUUUUCUAAAAUAGAUUCUGAUGAAUCAAUAAACCCUAAUGACAAAAUCCAGUAUUUAGUUAUGGCAACAAUUCCAAACUCUGCAGCCAGAGAAGUGGUUGAAAGUUACCCAGCCACUGGAGAAAUGUAUCCCGAAGUAAUUAAGAGUCUCAAAGGUCGUUUUGAUGACAAGUAUAGAUGCCACUUCGAAGUUCUAGACCAGAAGAAGAUCUGCGGAAACAUCUCACCAGUCGUACGAGGACCCUGGAUCGAAGAGCUAGCCUUGCAGAACAUCACCUUCAGUGACAUUGACUCUUAUGGUCCUAUAGAUGUACUAAUAGGAGCAGAUGUAGCAGGAAACUUAUGGACAGGUGGUCACAAGGCUCUAGACUGUAAAUUGGUUGCAGUUGAAACAAAGCUCGGAUGGACAUUGAUGGGGAAAAUCCCAAACAAGCAGCGUAGCAAGCAAGAUGCAACGAGUUUAGUAACUUCUAUGCUGACUACAGGUAAAAUUAGUGACCUUUGGACUUUAGAUACCUUAGGAAUUCUAGAUCCUUACGAGAAAUGUUCAAGACAGGAAUUAGAAGCCGAAACUCAGAAAACCUUUCUUGAAACAGUAAAAAUCACCAAAGAAGGACGUUUUGAAGUUCGUCUCCCUUGGAUGGCAGAUCACUCUCCGCUAUCAGACAACUAUGACUUGGCUAAGAAAAGACUAUCUUCAACAGUGAAAAAACUUAAGAAAGAAGACCUAUACGACAAAUACCAAGAAGUAUUUGAUGGGUGGUUGAAUGAAAAGAUUAUAGAAGAAGUUCCAGCUGAAGAAAUGCACCGACCUGCUCAUUAUCUACCACAUCACCCUGUCUUAAAAGUUGGCAUUACUACGCCGAUUCGUCCUGUGUUCGAUGCCAGUGCGCAUGAACAUAAAGGUCCUUCUUUAAAUCAGUGUUUGGAAAAAGGACCCAAUCUUAUCGAGAAAAUUCCUUCAGUAAUGGCUCGAUUUCGACUGAAGAAAAUUGGUGUAAUAGCUGAUAUUCGCAAGGCAUUUUUACAAAUUGCUUUGAACCAAGCCGACAGAGACUUUUUGCGAUUCUUGUGGACUACGAAGGAAGGACAACUUAUAGUUUACAGACAUUGUCGAGUUGUUUUUGGAGUUUCCUCGAGCCCUUUUUUAUUGGAAGCUUCAAUCAGACUACUAAUGGAAGAAAUACUACUGGAAACUAAGCAAGGCAAACGCAACUGGCCUUUGAAGUUAGUUGAAACCCUAGCUUCCAGCUUUUAUGUUGACAACUGUGUGUGCAGCGUAGACAACUGGGAAGAAGCGCAGCAGUUUGUUGAAGUAGCAACUAAGAUUAUGUACGAGAGAAAGUUUGAACUUCGAGGGUGGGAGCUGACUGUUGACAAUAACUCAUUUUCAUCGUCUCAACAAAAAUCAAACGUUCUAGGUCUGGUCUGGGAUAGAGAAUCAGAUACACUAGAAGUUAAUAUUGCCAGCCUACAAGAUAUUGACAUUGAAAAGAUCACAAAGAGAAUUAUUUUGAGUACGGCACAUCGCAUCUUUGACCCAAUCGGCUUUACAUGCUGUGUUACCUUGAUACCAAAGUUACUACUUCAACACACAUGGGAAAAAGGCACAAGUUGGGAUGAAGAAGUUGAUCCAAAGACAAAAGAUGGUUUCAUGGAAUGGUUAAAAGACAUCCACUUCCUCAGUGAAAUCAAGAUACCUAGAUGGUUACCUGGUACAAACACCAUGACAAAUUGGACACUCCACAUAUUUUCAGACGCCAGCCAGAAUUCAUACGCUUCAGUCGCUUUUUUGCGUAUUGAGUUGGAAGAUUAUGUCAGGGUACAACUAGUUGCAGCAAAAUCUAGGGUAGCACCAGUUACCAAAUCGUCUAAGAAGAUGACAAUUCCUAGACUUGAAUUGUUAGCGGCUUCUAUAUCUGCUAGGUUGUAUUCGACCAUCGUUGAUGACUACAAGUUACAUGAUGUAGUAACAUAUUUCUGGACUGACGCAACAACAGUUUUAGCAUGGAUUAAACGGGAAGAUAAUUGGAAUGUAUUCGUCAACAACCGAGUGUCAGAAAUCAGGAGAUUAACUUCACAGCAUGAAUGGAGAUUUGUUCCCGGUAACAAGAAUCCAGCUGAUCUUCCCUCAAGAGGAUGCUCUGCUCAGAAACUACUUGAGUCAAGAUGGUGGGAGGGCCCAAGUUGGAUUACAGAAUCUCCAGAAAAUUGGCCUCAUCAAGAAGAAACUCCAUACAAUGAGGAUGAUAUUAACAGUGAAAAGAAAAGGACUGUUAUUUCUGCUGUUAACAAUGUCACAGACAAUGAGUGGUUGUACAUGAAUUGUUCGACAUACAAGAAAGCUGUUAGAACAAUAGGAUGGAUUUAUCGGUUCAAAAACAAUACUUUAAUGAAGAACAAGACUAUCAAAAACUGUGACUUAACUUUAGAAGAAUACACAUUGGCAGAAGAAAAAUUGAUAUCAAUUAUUCAAUCAGAAUCCUUUGAAGGAGUGACAGAUGAAAAACUUAAGACUUUGAUUCCAUAUGAAGACAGCAAAGGACUUUUGAGAGUGAAAACAAAGGUUAGCAAUUGA